GCUUCAGAUCUUGUAUGUAGUUAGAAAGACGGGAAUGCCUUUAUGAAUUACUUUUUUGCUAAGCUGUAUUUAUAAGAAUUUGACCACUCUACAAACACAUAACCUUCUAAGAUGCCAUCAUAGAAAAGAACAACAAUCUGGUUACAUUUUAGGGAGAAAGUCUACACUGAAAUGAACAUUGUGAGAAAACUCAAUUUAAUGAUACCUUGGAGUAUAUUCUUGCUUCAUAUACUGCUGUUUUCAUUGCAAGGAUAUAUUUGUGCAUCAUCCAUCCUGACGGAAACAUCAAAAAACGGAUUUAAUGAAAAUCGACAGAAAAGAGCUCUUUUAGCAGCGCAGUUUGAAGCAACAUCUCCAAGAUACUUCUUCCAUGAAGCUAUUAAUUGGGGUGAGGGUAAAAUAAAAGGUUCUUGCCCUCAUGAAUGCCUUAACGGAGCUUUCUGUUCUAAGACUGGUACGUGUGACUGCCAAAUAUUUCAGGCACUUGGGACACGGUGCCAGAUUGUGCCAAACAUGGGCAAUGGCAGAGAUGGGAUUUGCAAAACCUGGGGACAGUACCAUUUUGAAACUUUUGAUGGCAUCUACUAUUAUUUCCCAGGAAACUGUUCUUAUAUUUUUGCAAAAGACUGUGGUAAUUUGGAGCCUCGAUACACUGUAUGGGUUCAUAAUAGCCCUAAGUGCCUUGGUUCAGUGUAUUAUUGUUACCGAUCCAUCAGCUUGUUCUUUUCAGACCAAGAGGAAAUUCGAAUUUAUGGGCAUGAAAUAAAAAAGAAUGGAAUCAGUUUAACAUUGCCUCAGACAAUUGGACAGAUUUCUGUUGAGAAACUAGCUGACUACAUUCUGGUGAAAACAACCUUUGGUUUUUCAUUGGCUUGGGAUGGAAUAUCUGGAAUUUACCUCAAAAUAUCUGACGAGCUUAAAGGGAAAUCAUGUGGACUAUGUGGAAACUACAAUGGCAUUCAAUCUGAUGAUUUCAUCAUCCAUCAAGAGGACUAUACAGAAGACAUCGCUAUGUUUGCAAAUAGUUGGUUGGUGCAAACUCCAGAUGACUUCAAAUGCGUACCCACACCCUCAGAUUUUCCAAAUCCAUGUUCCAGCGGAAUGCCAGCAUUCGAGGCCAUCUUCUUCAAGUGUCAGAUUCUGUUGCAGUUCCCUUUUCUGAGCUGCCAUGAAUAUAUUGACCCAUAUUUAUACAUUGCCAGCUGUGUUAACGAUCUUUGCAAAACCGAUGAUGAUGAUACCUAUUGUCGGGCAGCCACCGAGUAUGCUAGAGCCUGUUCCCAUGCUGGCUACCCCAUUCAAGACUGGAGAGAUGACUUCCCAGCAUGCACUGACAAAUGUGAUGAUAGCUUUGUCCACCGGGAUUGCAUCAGUUGUUGCCCAACCACCUGCACAUUUGAGAAACAAUGUCUUGGGAGCAAUCUCCACUGUCUUGAUGGAUGUUACUGUCCAGACGGCCUCAUCAUGGAAAAUGGGACUUGCAUCUCCUUGGAAAGUUGCCCAUGUAGUUUUCACGGACUAGCUUAUUCAGUUGGUUCCAAAAUUGAACAAGAAUGCACUGAAUGUGUAUGUGUUGGUGGCGUUUGGAACUGCACUGAGCAUGACUGUCCAGUUCAAUGUUCUGUUGUAGGUGAUUCUCAUUUUACAACUUUUGAUGGUCGACAUUAUUCUUUUAUUGGAAUGUGUCAAUAUAUCCUUGUGAAAGCAACUGGAAAGGAGAAAUUCACACUUACCUUACAGAAAGCUCACUGUGAGCAGAAUCUUGGCUUGGUCUGCCUUCAGUCUAUAACUCUAAUUCUGGAUGAUGAUUUUGAUAAACAAGUGACCCUUAGUCGGGGAGGACAAAUCCUCACCAGUCCUAACCAAGGCUUCAAUCUGAAUGGAAUUGUUGAAAUUCAAACUGUGUCAUCCUUAUUUAUCCUUCUAAAAACCACAUUCGGCUUGAAGAUUCUGUUUGCUAUAGAUGGGGAAAGAAUUUAUAUUCAGCUCACCAGUACAUGGAAAAGAAGAACACUAGGUCUAUGUGGCACUUUUAACGGGAACAUAAGGGAUGAUUUUCUUUCUCCAUCAGGCAUGAUAGAAGGCACACCACAACUUCAUGCAAACGCUUGGCGAGUUUCUUCCACUUGCUUUGCACCUGUUCAUGUUCCUGUGGUGGACCCCUGUAACAUUAAUCAACAGAACAUUGGCUACGCAGCGCACUGUGAUGUCAUCCACCAGGAGCUCUUUGCUCCUUGCCACUUCUACAUCAGCCCUGGGCUGUACUACCAGCUGUGCCGCCACGAUGCCUGCAAGUGUGGGAGUGUCUGCCUAUGCAAUGCUCUCGCCCACUAUGCCUACCUCUGUGGCCAGCGGGGCAUCACCAUUGACUUCAGAGCUCAGGUUUCCUUCUGUGGAUUGGUGUGCCAGGAAGGCAUGCAGUACCAUCACUGCUCCUCCUUCUGCCGCCGCUCUUGUGUUGCUCUCUCUUCCCUGGAGCAGUGCAAUGACGACUGUGCUGAAGGCUGCAACUGUCCUGAGGGCAAAUACUAUGAAGAUACCCUUCACUUUUGUGUGCCCAUAUUUCACUGUCGGUGUCAUUAUAGGGGCAGCGUUUAUCAACCUGGAGAGCUUAUCCCAACACCCUCCGGCUUAUGCCAAUGUUCAAAUGGGACUGUGAAAUGUGAUGAGCCAGCACCGCCCUCUACUGUUCAUGCCUGCCCCGAGGGAAAAGUGUAUUUCAACUGCAGGUUUCCUGAUCCCGAGUUGCCAGCCGGUGGAGUAAAUUGUGAGAUUACAUGUGCAAACCUGGCCAUGAACUUCACUUGCGCCCCAUCUUCACCCUGCAUAAGUGGCUGUGUUUGUGCUCCAGGAAUGGCGGAGCAUCGAGGGAAGUGUUAUAUUCCUGAAAGCUGUCCAUGCAUCUGGAAAGACUGGGAGUACCUCUCAGGAGAAGUGAUUGCUACACCAUGUUAUACCUGUGUUUGUCGACGAGGAAUGUUCAAUUGCACAUACUAUCCAUGUCCAGCAGUGUGUACAAUAUAUGGGGAUCGGCAUUAUCAUUCUUUUGAUGGACUGGAAUAUGACUAUAUUGGUGAUUGCCAGGUAUUUUUGAUAAAGAGUGCAGAAGAAGCAGAUAUAUCUGUCAUUGCCCAGAACAAGAAAUGCUUUGACAAUGAUAUUGUUUGUUCUAAAAGUGUUUUGAUUUCAGUUGGUGACACUGAAAUUUACCUGAAUGAUACUCCUGACAAAGAGAAGCAAUCAGGUUUUUUCCUGGAAAAUGAACCUACAUACCAGCUUUGGAAGGCAGGGUACUACAUGGUGGUAUACUUCCCAGAGAAAGAUAUCACUAUUCUUUGGGAUAAAAAGACAACCAUUCAUAUCAAAAUUGGACCACAGUGGAAGAACAAAAUAUCAGGAUUAUGUGGAAACUUUGACAAAUGUACUUCAAAUGACAUGACCACAUCUAAUAACUUAGAAGUGAGAAAUGCCCAGGUGUUUGGAGAUAGCUGGGCAUUAGGACAGUGUGAAAACGCACAUGAAUUAUUUAAACCCUGUGAGGCACAUCAGAACAAAUUUCCGUAUGCCAAGAAAGAAUGCUCCAUUUUGUACAGUGAUGUUUUUGCUCCUUGUCGCAAUGUGAUUGAUGUUACUUCUUUUGCCAAAAAUUGCCAUGAAGACACUUGUAACUGUAAUCUCGGUGGGGACUGUGAGUGCUUAUGCACAAGUGUAGCAGCUUAUGCACAUAAGUGUUGUCAGGAAGGGGUACCGGUUCACUGGAGAUCCUCUACUGUUUGUGCACAUGAUUGUGACUAUUACAAUGAAGGGCUUGGAGAAGGUCCAUAUAUGCUGGCAAGUUAUGGGCAGAGUGGCCUUGUUUUGGGGGCCAAUAUAACCAGUAGAAGUAUUUUCCCUUUGUCAAGAGUUGGUACUCAAGGUGAUUUAUUUUUCAUUUUUAUGAUCACUCCAGGUCUUUUCAAAGAGAAGGCAUCAUCACCAGCACUUGUGUCCUUGGAAUCUGCGGAAAGGCCAAACUUCUUUCUCUACGUCAACAAGGAUGAGACGCUUAGUUUGAAACUGUGGCAGGUGAAUUCGGCGUUUCAUCGGAGAGCCACCUUUUUCCACCACCAAGGCCUGUGGAUUCCUGGUUACAGUGCCUUUGAGUUAUACAGCAAGAAAGGCUUUUUCAUCACACUCACAGAUUUUACUGUCAAAGCAUCAAAAUAUGAUGAUUCGGAAGAAUUUAAACAUGCAAGUAGCUUCAGCAUUGAAGAAAUCCAGGCAGCAGUGCCUUACAGGAGGAUGUGUGAAUGGAGAUACGAACCGUGCGCCAUUCCCUGUUUUAAAACGUGUAGUGAUCCUGAAGCGCUGGCAUGCAAAUUUCUCCCACCGGUUGAAGGAUGCUUGCCCUACUGCCCUAGACAUAUGAUCCUUGAUGAGAUCACCCUCAAAUGUGUUUAUCCAGGAGACUGCAUACCUCUGAUUCCCAUGUCACCAGGUAAGCUAUCGCUACCCAUAUGUACUGGUAUUGAAACGGUUUCUCCACCGGAAGUCCCUGUGUCCGACAUGCUCACACCCACCCCAGGUUUGCUAUGUGAGCCUCAACAAUUUGAUCCUGUCUAUAAUUGCAGCCAAUAUAUAUGCAUUAAUAAGGAAUGGCAGUUGUACAACUGGUCUCUCAAUUGCCCAAAGGACUUGGAAAUGCCUGACUGUGGUUUCCGGGGAAGGCCUGUUCAAGUGAACACUGAUAUCUGCUGCCCUGAGUGGGAAUGUCCUUGUCGGUGUUCCAUGUUGUCAGAAUUGAGCAUUAUUACAUUUGAUGGAAACAAUGCAGCACUAUAUAGUAUGGCUUCUUAUAUCUUAGUACGAAUUCCUGGGGAAAUUAUAGUUGCUCAUAUUGAAAAAUGCUCCAUGAAUCAAAAUGAGGACUCCUUUCAAAAGGUAGCUUCUUCAGAAAGAAUCUCUGGACUUUGUUUUAAAAGGUUAAAUUUGACAACAUCUAUACACAAAAUACUUGUCUAUCGGGCAGCAAGAAAGGUAGAAGUGGAUUCUAUUGUUGUGCCUUUGCCCUUUUCAAAUCAAGAACUGAUGAUAGAGGAUUCUGGUAAUAUGUAUGUGAUUACUACUCCAGCUGGACUAAUCAUAAAAUGGGCUCAUCUUACAGGAAUCUUAGACAUUCAUUUUGGUUUUCAAUUUAACUUAUCAUCCUCAACAGAAGGACUUUGUGGAAUUUGCAAUGAUGAUCCAGAUGAUGAUCUAAGGAUGCAAAAUGGAACAAUUAUUACAAAUAUGGAAGACAUAGAAUUAUUUAUUGAGAGCUGGGAAAUUGAGAAGUCAUUUAAAGUAAUGACAAGAAGACCUGUUAGAAACUGCACUGAGUAUGACUGCAGUCACUGCAUUGAAUUAUUAAAUAGAAAAGUUUUUGUUCCAUGCCACCAUAAAGUUUCACCACAGAACUUUUGUGAAAAGAUGUGGAUCAAUUAUACCAAUCAUUGGAACCAUGAAUGUGAUGCACCGUCUGCGUAUGUGGCUCUGUGCAACAAUUUUGACAUCUGUAUUCAGUGGAGGACACCUGAUUACUGCCCACUGAGUUGCCCAGAGGGUAAGGAGUAUCAGCCCUGCGUGCGACCCUGUGAAGCAAGAACAUGUCUGAACAGAUGGUUCUAUGGACACUCUUCAUGUCUGAAUGUAAGAGAAGAUUGUGUGUGCAAAACUGGAACCAUUCUUCACAGGCCAUAUUCGACUCAGUGCAUUCCAGAGGAGGAAUGUGCAUGUACUGACAGUGAAGACCAGCCCCACACCGCUGGGGAGAUUUGGAAUGGGGGUGUGGAUGAAUGUGCCCUCUACAAAUGUCUGGAGAAUGGAAGCAUCAUUCCUAUAGAGCCUGACUGUGAGGAAGAACCCUCACCCGUUUGUGAACGAGAGGCUGAGCUCAUCAUAGGCAUCGUUGACAAGGAGUCCUGCUGCUCAAAGGAGCUUUGUGGAUGUGACAUGUCCUUGUGUGAUACUACCAUUCCGACAUGCACAGAUAGCCAAAAAUUGUACAUUGGCCAUAGCCCUCUUUCUUGCUGUCCACAGUACCAGUGUGAAUGUGACCCAUUGAAAUGUCCCAGUUUUUCAAUACCGGAAUGCAGAGAAGACCAAUUUAUGAUUCAAGUUCAACACGAUGAGCCUUGCUGUUUUGCUCCUAUCUGUGUGUGUGAAUCUUGCACUGAACCUAUUCCACUAUGUACUGAUGGGGAAUUUCUCACUGUGGACCUUAAUACCACAGAGUUCUGUUGUCCUCAGUAUUACUGUGUUUGUGAGCCAAAUCUUUGUCCUGUGCCACUACUUAACUGUGCAGAAGACAUGAAACUUGUGAAAGAGAAUGUUUCUGGUCAAUGUUGUCCAAUAUGGCACUGCGAAUGUCGCUGUGAGAACCUUGUUAUACCAACUUGUGAAGUGGGAGAAUUUACUACAAUAGAUCAUAACUUUCAGAGUGACUGUGGAUGUGUGAAGUAUCUCUGUGAAAAAGAUGAUGUGUGUGUAUUUCAAGAUGUAUCAGUAUUGAAUCCUGGCCAAUCUAUGAUAAAAUAUUUGGAAGGGGACUUUUGUCAUACAAUAGAGUGUCUGGAAGAAAAAGAUAACAUUACAGGCUUUCACACUCUGAAUUUUACAAUGGUGAAUUGUUCAAAAGAAUGUGACAUUCACCAGGCAUAUACUCCAUCUCCAAGUGAUUAUGAUUGCUGUGGCACCUGCAAAAAUGUAUCCUGCAAAUUUCAAAUGGAAAAUGGAACAUCAAUUAUAUAUGAGGAAGGGAGUAUGUGGCACUAUAACUGUACCACAUAUGAAUGUGUCAAGACUGAUGAAGGAACAAUGAUUCUGAACUACAGCAUGGUCUGUCCCCCUUUUAAUGAGACUGAAUGCAAAAUGAAUGAAGGAGUUGUAAAGCUUUAUAAUGAAGGCUGUUGCAAGAUCUGUAAACGAGAAGAAAGAAUAUGCCAGAAAGUGACUAUUAAAUCAGUUAUAAGGAAACAGGACUGUAUAAGUCAAAGCUCUAUAAAUGUUGCAUCUUGUGAUGGAAAAUGCCCAUCUGCUACCAUAUAUAAUAUCAACAUUGAGAGCCAUCUCAGAUUCUGUAAGUGUUGUCGUGAGAAUGGAGUGCGGAAUCUGACUGUGCCCCUGUACUGUUCGGGAAACGGCACAGAGAUCAUGUACACUCUCCAGGAACCUAUAGACUGCACGUGCCAGUGGAAUUAGACUUGUGGAUUCCAAGAACUCUAUGCAACAUCACCAAUCAAAUGGAGUUAACUUUCAGCACUGUUAUUUAGGCACUGGGCAGAUUUAUACCGUUUACUGAUAAUGUACUUUUCGGACUAUUGGGAUAUAGCAAUGAACAAAAAUAUACACAAUUUUCAUGGAAAAUUAGAUGUACUAAUUUACUUUAUUUUAGAGAAGUAAAUUAUUUUAAGUUGUUCAGCUGAAAUACUAUACAUAUAAUUGCAACAUGGCAAAAACCUGAGAUAUGCUCAUUAAGCAGGUUAUUUUGCAGAAUUCUUGAAAUUUCAUUCAGUAGUCAUUUUUUGAUAUGCUGGUAAAUGUAAUCAGUUAAAAUUGGUAUCUGGAUAGUCAUAAAGGGUGGUAUGCCAGAGACAGAUCAUAGAACUAUAGGAUUUUAGUCUUUUAAAAACUUGAAUAGAUGUUAGGGGUAUUAUUGCAAAUUCCCCUCAUUUUGCAGGUCUAGCAGAUAACCAGAGAAGCUGGUGACUUGUACAAAUUAAUUCAGUAUAACAAUGUAUUGAAGUCAUGUUAAUAGUUGGGUUAAGUCUAGAUCUUUAAUAUUCCAGUCCUAUGUUCUUUUCUUUUGGGUGGUACAGUAAGGUGUCUACCACAAACUCUUUUAUUCUUAAAGAAUUAACUUUGCAUAGAAUUAAGAAUUUUAAAUUCAAUACUUUUACAAAAAAAAAAAAAGAAAGAAAAAGAAAAAAAACCCACAAUGCCACACAUUCAUAUGUAUAUACAUUCAUUUAAUAGUUAUUCCAAUAAUAAGUAAUGGGGAAAUGUAGCAUCAGUUUCUAAAUAGAGGAGGGAUAUCUUGGGCUUUUAUUUUUUUAUAUCAUUAAAACUAUUAUUAAAUAUAUUGUUACCACUUAACAUUUAGUUAGCUAUUUACUAUCUCAUGCACAUCUGAUUUUUGAGAUGUAUUUGCAUACUAUUGAAAUUGCAUGCUUUUUGCUUCUCAGGCUGCUGCUUUGCCAAUGAAGAAUGAGAUAAAAUUAUUUGAAUGUAUCAAUAAUUCUAUAACAGAAUGCUGCACUUUUUACAUACAGAUUAUUGACAUAUGCAAGGAAUAUAUCCUGAGAUCUUUGCAAAUGUCAAACUUCUUUGACAUUUAUAGUACAUAACUGUCUGAGUUUCCUUGUAUGUAAAAAGGAGGGAAUGCCCUACUUGGUAUAAUUAUUGUGAGGACUUAAUGAAUUCAAGCAGCAACAAGAGAACAAUACGUUGCAUUGAAAAGCAGAUGAAGGGCCUGAUUGUCUAGGCUCAGAUAUGAGUUGGGUGAUUUCUUUGGUUUUGAGACCAUGAUUUCCCCCCAAAUUGCAACUUAUUAGAUAUUUUGGAUCUCCAGGUUUACUUAGAAAUAGGUGAAAGGAUGAAAUGAACAUCUACAAAGUCCCAGUGUCUACUGUAUACAAAAACUGAUUUUUUUCUUAUUUGUACUUAAUAUAAGUGUUUCAUCUAGAUGUUAACAAUUCAAUAUUCUUUAACCCCUAUUAAUAUAUAGACUGAAUCAAAUGCUUUUGGUUAAAAUAAAUUAACAUUUUGCUUAAGAAAAACUGUUAUGUACCUCAAAUGAGCACAUAGUACUGUAUACUGUCUACCACACAUUUUUUUCAUGCUCUAUAAAAUACUUAUAAAUUAAAAACAAGUCAUAUUUAAACUCAUUUGUGAGAAAAAGAGCAACAUUCUCCUAGAACUCCAUAAACAUUCUCAAAUGCAGGAAAAAUAAUUUGAACACCUCCUACCAGUAUGUGCCAGACACAUUCUAAGCUCUGAGGACAUAGGUAAAACAAAAAACACACAGUUCUCAUACUCACACAACUUACAGUCUAGUAAGAAAGUAGGAUUUGAUGGAUAAACAGCUAUGAGAAUGUGCAGAAAGAUAGACCAAACCUUUUUGGAAUGUAGUAUAUGAUAAAGGUGGCCCUCAAAUCAGCAGAAGAAUACAAAUGAACUUGCCAUAAAUGGUGUUGAACCAACUGGAUUGUAACUUGGGCAGAGAGAAAUUAGGAUUCAUACAUCCAUUGACAUCAGGCUAAAUUCUAAACACAUCAGAGGUUUAAAUGUGAAAAAGAAAGAGUAAAAAGAGAGACGUCCUAAAAAAAAAAUUGGAGUAAUUCAUUAUAACCUUAGAGUGGGGAGAGCCAUUUAAUUCUGACUCAAUAUUCAGAAGCCCA